UCGCUGGCAGGCUAUCCGUCUCGCUUCUCCUCCGUCGUAGUCGCCAUGGCCGAACGUAUCCUGAUGAACGAGUACAAGACCCUCGCCAAGGAGCCAUGGGUCAAUAUCGAGCUCGAGAACGAGGACAUCUUCAGGUGGACCAUCGGGUUAAUUGUCCUCAACCCCGACUCCUUGUACUACGGCGGGUAUUUCAAAGCGUCCAUGAAAUUCCCCAAGAACUAUCCUUUUUCGCCCCCAGAGUUCGCUUUUCGACGCCCUCUCUACCACCCCAACAUCUAUCCCGACGGGAAACUUUGCAUCUCGAUUCUCCACGCACCAGGCGAAGAUGAAAUGUCGGGCGAGCUGGCCUCGGAACGAUGGUCCCCUGCUCAACGUGUCGAAUCUGUCUUGAUCUCCAUCCUCUCGUUACUAGACGACGCGGAAGUGUCGUCCCCCGCCAACGUCGACGCCGGCGUGAUGUUACGAAAGGAACCCGAAGAAUACAAGUCGCGCGUCCGGAAGGACGUCGAGACUUCGAAGCAAGACAUACCCGAAGACUUCGUCAUGCCGACCCAUCAACCGGCAACAGUUAAAGCCGUAGAGAAGGACGAUUCGGAUUUCUGGGCGGAGAGCGAUGCAGACGAUGACGUCUUCGGAGGAAGCGACUCGGACGAAGACAUGGACUUUGACGAUCAAGAUACUGGCAGUGAUGAUGAAGAAGAGGAGGAGGAGGAGGAGGAGAAGAAGAAGGAGCGGGUUUGA